GGGAGACUUAGACUUUUGAGUGAUCAGAUGUUAAAUACCUUCACUACUCAUCAUUCUUCACUCACCAAAUCAUCUUACAAACUCCAGUACAAAUCAUCCAUUUUGAGGGAGAUUUAUCAUGGCUAACAACCAGCUUGGAGUUCUUAAUGCUCUGGAUGCAGCAAAGACACAAUGGUACCAUUUCACUGCCAUUGUAAUUGCGGGAAUGGGUUUUUUCACUGAUGCUUAUGACUUGUUUGGCAUCUCUCUUAUCACAAAACUUCUUGGUCGUAUUUACUACACAAAUGAAAACCAUCCAAAGCCUGGAACAUUGCCUCCUAAUGUAGCAGCUGCUGUUAAUGGGACAGCCUUUGUUGGCACGUUAGCUGGUCAGCUUUUCUUUGGCUGGCUUGGUGAUAAAUUAGGCCGGAAGCGGGUUUACGGACUAACCCUCAUGCUCAUGGUGGUCUGUUCCAUUGCUUCUGGACUUUCCUUUGGGAAGUCUCCUGCUGGUGUUAUGACAACACUUUGUUUCUUCAGGUUUUGGCUUGGUUUCGGAAUCGGUGGUGACUAUCCCUUGUCAGCCACCAUCAUGUCCGAAUAUGCAAACAAGAAAACUCGUGGAGCAUUUAUCGCUGCUGUGUUUGCAAUGCAAGGAUUUGGGAUUUUAACAGGUGGGAUCGUUGCACUUAUCGUGUCGGCUUCUUUCGAUCAUGCAUAUAAGGCCCCUCCAUAUUCGGUUAACCGAAAAGAUUCGACUGCGCCUGAAGCCGACUAUAUUUGGCGGAUUAUACUCAUGUUCGGCGCUGUUCCUGCGCUUCUAACAUACUACUGGCGUAUGAAGAUGCCCGAAACAGCCCGUUACACCGCCCUUGUUGCUAGGAACGCAAAGCAGGCUGCUUCAGACAUGUCCAAGGUUCUGCAAGUGGAGCUUGAAGCUGAAGAAGAGAAGGUAGAGACGGCAUCAUCGUCGAACUCCUUUGGUCUAUUUACUAAGGAAUUCGCUCGACGCCAUGGACUACAUUUACUUGGAACAUCCGUAUGUUGGUUCUUAUUAGACAUUGCCUAUUACAGUAACAAUUUGUUCCAAAAAGACAUCUUCACUGCCAUUGGUUGGCUUCCAAAAGCCGAAACCAUGAACGCAAUUCAUGAGGUUUAUCGAGUCGCGGCGUCGCAAUCGCUUAUCGCACUUUGUGGCACGAUCCCUGGAUACUGGUUUACGGUGGCGUUAAUCGAUUAUAUUGGCAGGUUCACAAUUCAAUUGAUGGGGUUCUUUUUCAUGACAGUGUUCAUGUUUGCACUUGCGAUACCUUACCAUCACUGGUUGUCCAACAAUGCUGGGUUCCUCAUCAUGUAUUCAUUGACCUUUUUCUUUGCGAAUUUUGGACCAAAUGCCACCACAUUUGUCGUGCCAGCUGAGAUUUUCCCAGCAAGACUGAGGUCGACUUGCCAUGGGAUCUCAGCUGCUGCCGGAAAACUCGGAGCCAUCGUCGGGGCGUUAGGAUUCUUGUAUGCAGCACAGAGCACAAAUCCGGAGGAGACUGAUCAGGGAUACCCACCUGGUAUUGGGGUUAAAAAUACAUUGCUUGUGCUUGGAUCAAUCAACUGCCUUGGAAUAUUCUUCACUCUUUUGGUGCCUGAAUCUAAGGGAAAAUCGUUGGAAGAACUUACAGGAGAAAAUGAAGAGGCCGAUGGCAAUGGUAAGCAGCAGGCUUCUUCAACUCAAACUCUUCCGGUCUAAAUUAGCAAAGUUCAAGUCAUGAUUUCUAGAUAUAAAAGGAAAAAAAUUGAUGUAAAAUAGGAGCAUGAAAGUUUAUAUAAAAGUUGAACCGCUGAAACAUUACAAUGAUGUGAAUUAGAUAAUCCAAUACAUCAAUAAAGAAGUUAUGUUGUUUAGUUUAUAAA